AAGAGAUUUACUUUUUUUUCUUCUUACCUUCAAAGGAAAGCGCACGCGCAGCUAUCCACAAAAUGUCAGAGAACCCUACGACAAACGGGCACGACGCCCUCGAGGAGAAGCUUGGUCGCCUCGUUAGGAAACCCGGCGUCAAGGCAAGCAUGGUCCUAGACAGAGCAAGCGGCGCAAUCCUCAAGACGAGCGGCCAGGUCGACGCGCUCCAGACAGCAAAGGCGCGAAACGCGUCGACGGCCGCCUCCUUUUCCAACGAUGCGCCCGCAGCGGAGGAGGGCGAGUCGCAAGGCAUCGAGGAGUUUGCGGAGAUGAUCUGGAAUUUCGUCAACAGCUCCGGACAGCUGGUACAAGACGUGGACGAAGAGGACGAAUUGAAGCUGCUCCGAUUGCGAACGAAACGACAGGAGAUUGUCAUAGUGCCCGACCAAAAGUACCUGCUCAUAGUUAUCCACGAUACUCAACCGGCUUGAAGCACCCCUUCUUCUUUCUUCUUGAUAUAGGUACGGCAGGAUACAAAAGGGGCUACAUUAUAAUAUAUAAUACAGAGGCGAAACAAACGAUAUAGACGGCAACGGAAGAGCGCUUGCGCCAAAGAGGGCACAGGGGCACUCACCAUAUGCGGAGUUGGGAAUUACGAAAGAAACGCAGAGACGGCCGCUUAACUCCGCAUUGUAUACGAGUAAACCACCAGGGGAGCAGGGAGCUUUGGUAUUGGUCCUUAUUAUUACUGUUUUAAUGAAGCAUAGCUAUACGGCGCACAGGAUGGCGAAAUGAUACCCCCAGGAAAACGUUCAUGCCUAUCG